CGAUCAGCAGCGAUCAACAGCGAACGGAAUAGACAGAGAGAUCUUGUACUCCGCCUGUGCUGUAUCCGUCAGAUACGCAGCUGAAACUGGCUAUUGGCUAUUGCCAUAUACGUAACCCUGCUCGAUGCAUUCUGUAUAAUUUGGCUGAUUCCAACAGUUGAGACUAGCCACAGAGACGCAGUUCCCAUCUUCAGUUCAGUUCUGUUCGGUGCGUCCUCGUCCAGAGUCAACAUGGGUCUGGCCUCCACUACAGUGAAGCAUCUCUUACUUUUGCUCAAUUUCGUAUUUGCCGUGCUGGGUCUGGUGCUGAUUGCCUUUGGAAUUUUCUUUUUGAUCAGCGCCGCCGAGAAUGCAGUCAGCAUUGGUGAGAACGUGGCCGGGGGCCUGAUCAUUGGCCUGGGCGCUGUCAUAUUGGUCAUAGCGGUCUUUGGCUGCCUGGCGGCCAUUCACGAGUCCCCAGUGCGGCUCUUGAUUUAUGUGGGAGUCGUGGUGGUGCUGAUCCUCACCCAGCUGCUGUUCCUCAGCAUGGCAUCGCACGGCACCAAGGACGGCCUCUCGGGCAGCAUCAACGAGGGCUUCGAUCGCCUCUGGGAGGCUGAGCGAAACGAGUCCGGCGCCCUGGCCUACUACGAAAACUGGCUGCACUGCUGCGGGGUCAACAGCUCCGAGGAUUACUGGAUCAUCCACCAUGCCAUACCCUCCAGCUGUUGCCUGGACAACAAAUGCGUGGACAGCACGAGUGUCUACAAGGUCGGCUGCAAGGCCGAAUUCGUGGAGUAUCUCGACGACAAGCUCCUGGUGUUCAAGAUCGUCUGCUGGCUGCUCAUCAUUGGCGAGGCUGUCGGGGCCGUGUUCGGCUGGCUGCUGUACAGCAGCGUCAAGAACCAGAGUCGACGCAACAACGCGGUCUGGAUGUGAGGCACAUCUUAAGUUACAUAAGUAUUAAAUUAAAUAAUAUUACAAGCCGGUUUCUAAUCACUCCUGUACUUUUUGCAACUCAACACAAACUAAUGAGCAAUUUCGUAAUCGCUUAAUUCUGUAAUACUCGUAUGUAUCAAGUACUCACAAUAUCAAAGUAAAAGUUGUUCUGAUCUAA